GAACACUAGAAACACAAAGCGGGAUGUAUUCACGUUGCUAGAAUCUCAUUCCAAAACAAUAGCCAGUGAAAAUAUCGCUAACGAGAAAGAGAUGCGCGCGGUAAAGAGAUCGCGUACGGACGCGUCAAAGCGUGACGCGAUCUCCACCCCUCCACCAUCGGACAUCUCUUCUCAAAGCGAGGUACCCACAAGUGAGCCCAUAAGCGAUACAAAUUCAACUAGCAAUGUUUCCCACCCUUCCCCUCCUGAAUCUCUUGCCAGCUCUCCUAUGCGGCUGCGAGAUAGUCCCCGUCUUGUAGAUACCGUCUCCAAAGGUACUUCUAUGGUGCAGUCAUACCUCGCGUUAAACGUGCCAAAUUUACAAAAAACGUGCCCCGAUUGUAAUAUGUCGUACCGAUCCCAUCUCCCAUUGGACCGGCAAGUACACGCGAAACACCACGACCGUGCGGUCAACGGACGUGACUGGCAAGACAGCUGGGGGAAAGAGGUGGGGAGUUUCAGCAUCCAAGUCGCCAAAGGGGCCAGCCAGGUUGUGGCGGUGUUGGAAAUCGAUCCCCUGAAGAAAACCGAGGUAAGAGUAGGCGACGAGUUGUUACAUUUGGCUAAUGUCGAGCUAAAUGCACCCCAGGAUAGCGGAUUCUGGAAGCUCCAAAAGACUCCAAGCCUGUCAAAACCCCUGCUGGCCCGGGGUAAAGUAUAUGUUUGCGUUUUGCGUGCAAAGGUAAUUGGUUUAGUUAGCUUCGAAACAUCGUUUCCCGAAACGAAAAGCACUGGUCGGUGGAUGAUUCUCCGAACGGGUCAGGUUAUCCCCAACCAAGAAUUUCCCAUUUUGGUGGGUAUCUCUCGAAUUUUUGUGAUGAAAAAGUACAGACGCAAUCAAAUUGCUGCGAAAAUGCUCCGGUUGAUCCAGGCACAUUCGAUAUACGGGAUUGCAAUGAUUAAAAGGCAGCAGAUUGCCUUUUCACAGCCCUCGUCGAGCGGCGGGCAACUUGCAAAGAAGUUUAAUGGUGUGUUGCACAAAAAGAGCGGUGAGUGGUUAGUUCCCGUGUACCUAGAAUACUAGGAAACCCUAGGCGGUUGUUCAAUAGUUGAAAUUUUC